AUGAAAGACGACCAAAUUCUAGCUCCAGCGAAUAUCAUCGACUACGUUUUGUGGUAUGGCCACUGCUGGGAGCUCGAGACAAACAUGAUCGUUAUGAAGUCUAAGAGACCGGUGCAUCGGAGCUGGACUCUGCUUCAAAAUAUGUCGAGUAUUCACCAGGCUCGCAAGCUAGCAGGAAGAGACGCAGUUAUCUACGGUAUUAUAACCGAUGGGUCGAAAUGGGUAUUCAUGCAUCUGAGUAAUACAUGUCGGUAUACAAUCAAGGUGUUCUCUUGGGACAACGAGCGAGACCGGAUAAUUGCCCAGGCCCGGGAUAUAAUCAACCAGGCAGCUGCUCUUCACAGAAAGCUACUGUCACGCUCGUCUCUGCCUACACCUACUGUCCAUCAAUUUAGGCGCUGUCAAAUUAGAGAGAUGCCUGCUCCAUCCAAUGGCUCUGGUGUUGAGAGUGGCUGCGUAAUUGAGGAGAGUAGCUCUGAGACGGAUAUAGGACCCCUGGCCUGGUAA